GUGGUGACAAGAGCACAGCCGGCUCAUUUUCACCCAUGAAUCUCUUGCAGCAGAGACUGCACGAGAAGAUCCAAGAAAUCUCUGGCCAGAGAAACAGCAAAGAGUUGACCCCAGCAGUGUUGGAGAAGAGGCAACGAAGGAAAUAUGAGGAGAGAAAGAAACGUCAGAGAAAAGAGUUGAGGAUGAAAGAAAAAACGGAGAAGAAGGAGGCAGAGGAGGCUUCCGCAGCCAUUUCAGAGCCCCAGGCCCCAAAGAAUGACACCAAGGCCGAGACUGUCUUCAAUAAGGUCGAAGUCCAUGAGGAAGGGCUUAGCAAAGUGGAAAAGAGGAAGGCACUGAAAGGCAACAUUACUCCACUGACAGGGAAGAAUUACAAGCAACUCCUGAGCAGAUUGGAAUCUCAGAAGAGUAAGCUGAAAAAUCUGAAAGACAAGGAUGAGGCGAAAGCCAAGGAGCUGGAAGUAAAGAUGAAGUGGACAAAUGUCCUGUACAAGGCAGAAGGGGUCAAAAUCUGCAAUGACGAGACUGGCCUGAAGCGGAAGGAGAAGCACAAAGCCCAGCGCCAGAGGCAGUGGGAGAAGUGGACUGAAAACGUAGUGAACAAAAGGCAGCAGCGGCAAGACAAGCGCCGCAUGAACCUCCAGAAUAAAAAGAUGGCCAAGGUGGAGAGGAAGAAAGCCAAGGCUCUCAAAAAGGGUCGCAUCCUGCCCGAGGACCUGGACAAAGCCAAAUUUAAAUGAAUCAGGCUAGUGGACCAUUGGAACCCACUCCAAGGCAGGUGCUCACAGGGCUCAUUAAUAAAAACUAUUUUGUAGUGGAACCUCUAUAAUUUUUAAUAUCUAAAUCUCCUUGGUUGUGAGAUGACUUGGAGUCAUCAGGCUGUGCAACUAGACCAAGAAGAGGAAGCUCCAGCACUUGAGAUGCAAAAGAGAUAUAUUUCCACAAGACUGUUUCUGUGGUCAUACAACCCUUAGCUAUGCCAGUUGAUCAAGUGGAUCUUUUCACCCCACUCCCUGAGUCAAGAUAAGAGAACCUUCAGUCUGGGUGCUAAAUGUGGCCUUCAAAACCUAUCUUCCAGGCCCCCUGGCACAGCUUAACACCCUCCUUGAAUAUUUUCUACCUCUAACUGUGCUAUAAUGUCUUUUUUUCCCCUUGGGUAAAAUGUGUAUUCAUUGCUCCCCUCCAUUUUUGCUUUUGCCCUGCCCAUCAACUGGCAUGCAGCCCCUUGAAAAUUCCCCAGAAGGGAACACAGCCCUAAGGCUGACAAAUGUAUUUUUUGUGAAGAAAUUUCACAAAAUCUCAUCAACAGGAGCUCAGGAAGGAAGCAAAUGAAUUUAAUAUCAUAACAAUAAUGGGAUAAA